GAAUGGAGCUCUUGACCAGCGUGAUUCUUCCCCACAGAAGCCCCCAUAAAGACCCGUUCCGCAAAUCAUCAACGCAAUGGAAAAGGCAAAAGCCAGCGAACCCGUGGAGGGACAAUCAUUAAGUCAGGCAGAGGCACCGCUAAUGGCACACGAAAAGAAACAGACCCAGCAGGAUCAGCCCAAAUGGAGCUUUUCCCUCAAUUUGGCUUGCGUUGGAUCCUCGAUUGGAGCAGCCUUGCCCGUGGGCUACUGCACUGGGGUCAUGAACAGCCCCGCCGUGCACAUGCGCUCUUGGUGCAACGAAACUCUGAUUGCGCGAUAUGAUCUUCACCUGGGAGCCUCGGGCCUGGAGUGGCUCUGGUCGGCCGUCGUCUCCAUCUUUCUGGUGGGUGGAGCCAUCGGUUCUAUGACGGGCGCAUCCACCGCCAACCGCUUUGGACGCCGCGGGUGCUUCUACAUAUGCGGUAUGCUACUCGCCCUUGGAGCCGUCUGCUUCGCUGUAUGCCGCUUGUUGGUUUCCGUGGAGCUGCUGCUCCUGGGCCGAUUGCUCGUGGGGCUGGCGGGGGGCCUCGUCACCGCCUUCAUGCCCAUGUACCACAGCGAACUGGCCGCCCUCUCCCAGAGAAGUACUCUGUCUCCGUGUUGCGCAAUGGGCCUGACCGCAGGCGUGGUGGUAGCCCAGAUCUGCAGCCUACAGUCGCUUUUCGGGGGGGCAGAUCGGUGGCACAUUGCCUUGUCCUUUUUUGGUCUGCUGGUACUGCUCUGCUAUGCCCCAUUCCGGUGGUAUCCCGAGAGCCCCAAGUGGCUUUACAUAGUCAAGGGCCGCAAGGAGGAGGCCAGACAACAGCUCCAGCAGUUGCGGGGCUAUUCCUCGGACAGCGCGGCUCUGCAGGCGGAGCUAAACGAAAUGGAGCUGGAGGCAUCGGCCAAGGUGGAGGCUAGUGGAUUCAUGGAAGUGCUGCGCAAUCCCCGUCUGCGCCUGCCACUCAUCAUUGUUUGCGCCUUUCUUGGUGGCCAGCAGCUGUCGGGUAUCAAUGCGAUAUUCUUCUACUCUGUCUCCAUAUUCCGCAAGGCAGGGCUGUCUACGCAGGCGGCGGAGUGGGCCAAUCUGGGUGCUGGAUCCCUCAAUCUGGCCACAUCGAUGGUGGGUCCGGUCCUGUUGGAGCGCGUGAAUCGUCGCCCGCUGAUGCUUCUCUCCACCUUCUUCUGCGCCGUAUGCCUAUUUCUCUUCGCCAUGAUGCUCUACUUCAUUGAGAGCUUUAGCUGGUUUGCCAUGGGCUGCAUUGGCUGCAUCUUCCUGUACAUAUUCUUCUUUCAGUUCGGUGUCGGGCCCAUGCCGUUCUUCAUAGGAGCCGAACUGUUUGAGGUGUCCCCGCGUCCGGCUGCCAUGGCUUUGGGUAGCGUUGUCUACUGGGUAUGCAAUUUCAUCAUUGGUAUGGCCUUUCCCACGCUGCAGAAUGCCUGGGGCGCCCUGGUCUUCCUCCCAUUCUCCAUCACCUGCUUGCUGCUCUUUGGGCUGACCAAACGCUACUUGCCGGAGACUCGCGGCCGCGAUCCAUCCGAGGUUGCUCCGCUCGUCGCCGACGGCUUUAAAUCAAAAGUCUUGCGCACUCGCACUGCGAGCCAAUCUUCUUAGCCUAAGUCCAAUAUAUUUUACAUAGUCCCCAUGUCUGAGCCAAUAAAUCCCACAAAUUUA